CCUGUCUCAAGUAUCAACACAACCAUAAGGAAAAGAUUGCUCAAACUGAGAGAAAUGGAAAAAACACAAAGAGAGGAAAAAUGGAACGAGGAAGAACAAGCAGAAGUGGAUAUCUGGAAAUACAUAUUUGGGUUCACAGAAAUGGCUGUAGUCAAGUGUGCCAUUGAUCUUGGGAUAGCUGAUGCCAUUGAAAGCCAUGGAAGCCCCAUGACACUCUCUGAGUUGUCAUCAACUCUAGGAUGUGCUCCUUCCCCUCUUUUCCGCAUUAUGAGGUUCCUAAUGUACCGAGGAAUAUUCAAGGGGAAACUCACUCGCCAAGGCUCCCCAGGUUAUGCACAAACACCUCUAUCUCGUCGUUUGAUGAAACAUGGAGAACAUAGCAUGGCUGCUUUGAUUUUGCUAGAGAGUAGCCCAGUGAUGCUGACACCAUGGCUUAGUCUAAGUGCACGUGUUCUAGCCAAUGGUACUUCGUCAUUUGAGGUGGCACAUGGUGAAGAUAUAUGGAGCUAUUCAGCUUCAAAUCCUGCUCACGGCCAACUCAUCAAUGAAGCAAUGGCUUGUGAUGCUAGGGUGAUAGUGCCAGCAAUGAUUCAUGGUUGCCCUGAGGUGUUUGAUGGGCUUAGCAGUUUGGUCGACGUGGGUGGGGGCAAUGGAAAAACUUUGAAGGUGUUGGUUAAGGCAUUUCCAUGGCUUCGAGGCAUCAACUUUGAUCAACCUCAUGUUGUUUCUGUUGCAGGCGUGAUUAGUGGAGUUGAAAAUGUUGGGGGUGACAUGUUUGAAAGUGUUCCAAAGGCUGAUGCAGUUUUCCUGAAGUGGGUCCUGCAUGAUUGGGGAGACAAUGAGUGCAUCCAAAUCCUUAAAAAAUGCAGAGAAGCUGUUCUGGAGAAUAAAGGAAAGGUAAUAAUUGUUGAUGCGGUGAUUGAAGAAGCAGAAAAAGAUAAGCUAACCGAUGUGAAGCUAGCACUAGACAUGGCGAUGAUGGCUCAUACUAAUAGCGGCAAAGAGAGGACGUUGAAAGAAUGGGGAUUUGUUCUUGGGGAGGCUGGAUUCAGUAGAUACACAGUGAAAACCAUUCAUGCUGUGCAAUCAGUAAUUGAAGCAUUUCCAUAAUCUAUAUGUUUAAGUUAAGGAACAUGGUGUUGUUGUUUAUCUCUAAUUUUAAGUGGUAAUAAGUCAAUCUAUGUUGUAAUGGCUACUAAGAGAAGACCAGUUUGACUGUUUGAGUUGGUGUAGGUCGCUUGGUUUUAAUUGCAAUCUAUUAAUCUAUGAUUAUGAAAAUUUUCUGCUUUU